CACAUCACUUAAACCGAAAGAACAACGUAAAAGUUCGUCGAAAGCGAUCAAUUACCUUUACCUCUAGUCUUGGAGUUCGAAGAAAUGAGGCAAGCAGGAAAGUACUCGGGUUUUAUGAUGUGUGGAGGCAUAGCGGGGAGAACCGGACCGCACUCGUUGCCGCUUGCGAGGAUCAAGAAGAUCAUGAAGAAGUCCGGCGAGGACGUGAAGAUGAUAUCCGGGGAGGCUCCGAUUGUGUUCUCAAAGGCGUGUGAGCUGUUCAUAGAGGAGCUCACACGGAGGUCUUGGGCGACCACGCUGCAAGGGAAGAGGAGGACGCUGCACAAAGACGAUGUGGCCUCUGCCAUCGUGGCCACCGAUAUCUUUGAUUUUCUUGUCAGUAUGGUUUCGGAGACUGCAUCUCAUUCUGAAGAUGGAACAGUACCGGAGGAAGAGGAAACAGUGGGGUCGUCAUAG